AUGGCGACGGCGAGCGGCCUCUCCGCCCCUCUGCAGCUCCUCUCCUUGCGGCGGGCACCCGCCAAGAACCUCUCGCCGCGGAGAGCGGCCGCGGGAGCUCUGUCAGGUUCACUUAUUGUUAAGAGAUUUUCUUUAUGCACCGGGAGAAGUCACCACCAAUUUUUACCAUUGAAACAAAGGGGAAGGUUGCAAGCAGCAGUGCUACCUGUUACUCCACCACUGCUUGAUGACGAGGAAAAAAGGAAGCAAAUGUCUGAAGAUUAUGGUUUCAAACAAAUUGGAGAACAGCUACCAGAUAACAUUACUCUUAAAGAUGUCAUGGAUACUCUGCCUAAAGAGGUUUUCGAAAUUGAUGAUGUAAAGGCUUGGGCAUCUGUUCUUAUAUCAGUUACUUCGUAUGCUUUCGGUCUUUUCCUUAUUUCAAAAGCUCCAUGGUAUCUUCUUCCCGUUGCUUGGGCAUGGGCUGGUACAGCAGUGACCGGGUUUUUUGUCAUAGGUCAUGAUUGUGCACAUAAAUCAUUUUCAAGGAAUAAGCUAGUGGAGGAUAUCGUUGGAACUCUAGCCUUCCUGCCAUUAAUUUACCCUUAUGAACCUUGGAGAUUUAAGCAUGACAGACAUCAUGCCAAGACAAAUAUGUUAGUAGAAGAUACUGCAUGGCAACCUGUUUGGCAAAAGGAAAUUGAAUCGUCUUCUUUCUUAAGGAAGGCAAUUAUAGUUGGUUAUGGUCCUAUCAGGCCAUGGAUGUCUAUUGCUCACUGGUUGAUGUGGCACUUUGAUCUGAAAAAAUUCAGACCAAAUGAACUCCCUAGGGUGAAGAUAAGUUUGGCGUGUGUCUUUGCAUUCAUGGCAAUUGGAUGGCCCCUAAUCAUUCUUCAAUCCGGAAUAGCUGGCUGGUUCAAGUUUUGGUUCAUGCCAUGGAUGGUUUAUCACUUUUGGAUGAGCACCUUUACGAUGGUACAUCACACUGCUCCUCAUAUACCUUUCAAAUCAUCAAAAGAGUGGAAUGCUGCACAGGCGCAAUUAAACGGCACAGUUCACUGUAGCUAUCCUCGAUGGAUAGAGAUCCUUUGCCAUGACAUAAACGUACAUGUCCCGCACCAUAUUUCUCCGAGAAUUCCAAGUUAUAACCUUCGUGCUGCCCACAACUCCAUUAAACAGAACUGGGGCAAGUAUAUCAACGAGGCCAGCUGGAAUUGGCGGCUGAUGAAGACAAUACUGACUACGUGCCAUGUGUAUGACAAAGAGAGAUACUACGUUUCUUUUGACGAGCUCGUACCUGAGGAAUCUCAACCAAUAAGAUUCCUUAAGAAGUUCAUGCCAGAUUAUGCUUGA